AUGGAGGAGCCUAGGAAAACCCUAUCGGAAUAUGAAAGGCCACAGUUCACCGGAGAAGAAUUUAGUGUCCAAGUACCAACCGUUUCGGCUAAUAACUUUGAAAUCAAGGCAAGUACAAUAGGGAUGAUUCAGAAUUCAGUACAGUUUGAUGGUCUAGCAGAUGAGGAUCCCCAUGCCCAUCUUGCUCAGUUCCUACAAAUCUGCUCCACUUUCAAGAUCAAUUCAGUGUCAGAUGAUGCCAUCAGACUGAGGUUGUUCCCAUUCAGCUUGAGAGGUGCAGCAUACAGAUGGCUCACAUCCUUAGCUCCGGGGUCCAUCACCACUUGGAAGGAAAUGGUCGAGAAGUUCCUAGCCCGAUAUUUUCCUCCAAGCAAGGCUGCAAGAUUGAGACAGGAGAUAUCGUCUUUCAGGCAAGGUGAUAGUGAGACACUAUUUGAAGCCCAUGAACGAUUUAAGGACCUUCUUCGUAAGUGUCCUCAUCACGGAUUCCCUGCAUGGAUGAGAGUACAGAUGUUGUGUAACGGGCUGAACUAUGCUACUAGGCAGCUUAUUGAUGCAGCGGCAGGUGGUUCUUUAAGCAACAAGCUUCCUGAAGAGGCCGAGGAAUUAAUUGAGAAUAUGUCAAGCAACGAGUGUCAUUGGAGCACUAGAAAGAAGCCUUCAAGGGCUGCAGGGCUAUAUGAGGUGAACGAAUCCAUAGCAUUGACUGCGAUGAUUGAUGCCUUGACGAAGCAUAUCACUGAGCAGAAUUCGAAGCAUGAUGCCCUAGCACAAAUAGUUGACCAGCUCAGGUUGGGGUCCAGUUCGGGUUCCAAGGCCGUUUUGUCAUGUGACACUUGUGGAGCUGGGCAUGCAACAUCACAAUGUCCUAUUUUUGUUGCCCCAUCACCUCCUGUAGAAACAACUAAUUAUGUUGGGUGUGGACCACGAGGACCAGGGAACCAAUUUGGUAACCCUUACAAUUAUGGUUGGAGAGGCUCGUCAAAUCCCUCUUGGAAUCAAGGCCAAUCUCAGUACAAGCCUCCACCAUUUCAGGGAAACCAAUACCAUGCCCCUCCUCCAUAA